AUGGACCUAUAUGCCAAGCCCAGGUAUGCUAUUGCUCCCAAAGGUCUACCAUCGAGAACAUUUUCAGAUGCUUUACGGUGCGAUCCCAUAGCUGCACUACGAUCACUGAUACAAGGGAUACAAGCCUCAAAUAUUCAGCGGGACUACCUCUCGGCCAUUCUCAAGACAUUGGACAAACAAGAUCUCCGGCUCCUUCGUGAUGUUGUCACUCGCUGGUCAUCAACACUGCUGAUGAUCAACCAUGCACUGGAGCUCCACAAUGUGGUAGACAAGUUCCUCAAUCAGAAUGACUUCGAGGAGCUGCGCAAAUACAAGCUCAGUGAUGCAGAAUGGAAGGCUCUGGAGAUCUUUUGGGAUAUUCUCUCGACAGUCCGCCUCGUCGAGCUCUAA